AUGGCUUCGGCAGUGGCUGUUGACACCCUCCCACGACAACCUCAUACCCUGAGCGAAGAUCCAUCGACAGCUUUCUUGAGCUCGUCCUGUUCGAAGUCACCUCGGCGAUCACCCGACUUCGCCAACUCUUCGACGCCGCUGCCAGAACCAGACACGGAAAACAAGUCCUCAAGUCCUCCGCGGUGCUACACGUUUACCCCUCAGCACGUCAAAUCCUUACCUAGAGCGUGGGAAAGACGGCCAGCGACGCCGUUCGUUGCGCGAAACGACACACAGAAGAUAUGGAAACGCGUCCCAUUGGGUGUCAUCGGGACCAAUAUCGGGAAGAACUGGAGGAAGGAAACCAAGAGAUUGAGUACACGACCGGUCAAGAAAUUGAGGAUUGCUCAUCUCGGCGAAGAAGAGGAGAAAGAGAAUGUUGACUACGUUGCGUCUAGAUGGGACGAGGAUGGCAUGACGACACCCAGUCCAAAACGAAAGGCAUUGGAAUGUGGGGCCGUCGCAGACCGUGAACGGGGGCUGGAUGAUCGCAUCGAAGACGACGAGGACAGCGGACCUCCAGAGCACGGCACGGCGUCACCUAUCCUCGGAAGCCAUGACAAGGCAGAGAGCUGGAUGGAGGGCGAAGGCGUCGGUAUUGAAACCGUGCCUUCAACUGUCUCAGACAUCUUCGAUGCUUCUCUGGAGGCAGUGGCUUUGCCUCAAGUUCUUUCGCCGACCACUCAGCCGCCGCAUGUCUCCUCUACUUUUUCGCUUCAGCCUGUAACGAUACAAUCUGUAUCACAUAUACCUAUGACGCCUCUCGAUGGGGAUACCACCUCUUGUGGAGUUCGAGAGCAGGAUUCGCCGUCAUCUUCAAUACCUGUCUCGAGUGAUCGCAGCACGAUGGAAUCCAUUGACAACCCUCCUGAUCACGAUGACACGGCUUUCCUGCACGACUUCCUGUCUCGAGCCCGCGCUCGGAAAGCUGCCAAAGAACAAGGCCUCGGGGACAUUUUGGCACAGACGGGGGAGACGGCGGCAGAAACUGCGAAUUCGUUGGUCGAAGAGUCCCGGUUUUGUCACAUUGAAGAUGUAACCAGUCUCUCCGUCCCCGUGGUCGACGAAGAGAAAACACCAACGAACCUGCCUGCCGCUCCAGAGCCUGAGAUCAGCAUGUCUCCUCGGCGAAGCUCUCGACUGGUCACCCGACUCCCGAGACUUCAGAAACCUGUCACCAGCUUGCCGAACAACGUUCCCCUCAAGCGACUAAGCGGCACCGAGUUUAUUGCCGCAAAUCACGAAGCUCAAUCCAUGGCAGUGGCCACCCGCACAAACACUAAGAGUAAUAAAAGUGGCGCGGUCUCGGCAAAGGUCAGGCUGAUACAAUUGAAUGCUGAGCUAAAAGCCAGACAGUCUUCGGCAGCGGAGGGUGUUAAAGAACCAAACCCAGAGACUUUAUCGAAGAAGAAGAACAACAAGAAAAAGGAAGUGACAUGGGCCGAGAAGCUUGCGACUUUCCAGGAGGAACGAGAUGCCGAAGGCUCUGGUGAUGAAACAGGAGAGGAACGAAAUGAGCAGAGCACAUCGGACAACAACUCUGAGGCGGAGAGGGGAAGCAAGGCAGCCGCCGAGAAGCCACAUUCGCUCCUUCAACACCAAAAUCGAGGCAUCAAAAAGGUGCGCAAGCUGAGGAAAUUGACCGCCGGGAGCGUGAAUGGGACGCCGGCACCGAAGAAGACAACCAACAUUCCUCUGCCCGUGGGACCGAAUUCCAACUUUUUGUCUGCGAAGGUCGCUGGAAUGGUUAUGCCAGUAGAGAGUGACCUCGAAGAUCAGAAGAACACGGUUCAGACGAGAACGAGGACAAGGACAAGGAUUUCCAAGAUCGUCUGA